GCGAGCCGACUCAGGUCGACGACUCAACGUCCGCUACAGCGAGGAGGGGUCGAUGCGACAAGGUCGGCGGACGAGGGACAAUUGACGACAUGUCGGGGAAGCGGCGAGCCGGGGGGCCGGUGCGACAGUUGAGUCUGCAGCAGUCGGCGAGGCGACAUCCGCGGAGCAAGGAAGACAACCAGGGGCGGCUGCGACGUCAGGUGUCCGAGGACCACGGUCUGCGAGUGUUGGCGAGCCACAUCGUCACUCCAGGAGAGUGCGACGGUAGACCACGGAGAGACCCACAGCCCGCCGUCGUGCGACCCAGACCUGUCCGCCUAGCCUGGGCCGAGAGGAGACAAGUGACACUAGACUCAGAGCCUCCAGUGGGAGUCGUAGUGCAGAGAUGCAAGGGACUCCCUCGUCCAGUCACCGCCAAGCCAGCGAGGACCACCACGGCGCCAGACUCUAUACUGUACUCGAGGCAGGAGCUCGCCGAGAGACUCCGGCUGGCGUGGAAAGAUAGACAGGAAAGACCGAACCUCGACAUCUUCCUGGCUCACAACAGCAUCGACAAGUCCGACCCAGAAGAAGCAAUUAUAAGUGUAAGAGAAAUACAGACUGAAGUGGAAAAAAAUAAGUUUUUAUCUACAGAGGAUUUAGCAAAAUCUAGUAAAUUUACUCCUUUUUCUGAGGUUUCUAAAAUUUCCACGCAAAAACCUUCCGAGGCAUUCGUUAAUAGUUCUUUUAAACGAAGAAAUGACAAUGACUUUCCCCGAUUUGAAAUAUCCUCUGUUCAAACUUUUCCUACAACCACGUUCCCCUUGGCGUCGUACAAAGAAUCGAGUGAUAGUGAAAAAGAGGCUCCUUCGACACAAAUCGGAUUAAAAAUAGAGAACACUAGAAAAUUGACACCUUCGAUUACGAUAUCAUUCGACCAUGGUUUGGAUUCUGACGAUCAACGAAUAGGGACUGAAAACGACGAAGACUUAUCAUCAUCCGUAGAAAAACCGGAUGACAAUUUUUUGAAACCUGACAGCUACUCACAAGUUGAAUCCCCCAAAAAAGAUUGCUCUGAAAAUAUCGAAGUAGAAGUCAAAAAUGAAAAAUUAAAAGAAAGUGAUAAAUCGAGGAAAGAUAACUUAACCGCAACGAUGAGAAGAGCAAACUUUAAAAACAUGAGUAACAACCCGGCGAUGGCAGCAACGAUCAGUUCUGCAACUCCUCCUGCCACUCCUAUUUCAGCGCCAGCAAAACCCAUCCUGAAGAAGCCCGUUGGACAGCCUCUGCAACGGAUGAUGUCUGCACCUGCAGGGGGAAGAAAUCCAACAAUUAAAAAAGAUCCGUCGAUUUCGAGACUGGAACCGAGGAACGACUGUAUAGACCCUGAGUUCGACGAAGACGACAUGACCAUCGUCCAGAGAGAGACCAGGGUAAAAUCUGCGCCUGCAAGAAGAAGAUUCAAGAGUGGCAGAAGAAAAGGGCCGAAAGGCCACGAAGAUGACAGCUCUGAAGACGAGUUUGCGUUCCAAGAAGAAGUUCCUGCAGUCACCAAGCCACGAAAUCGUAAGAGGUUUGUGGAGAAAGCUGCAGAAAUCAUAACGAUGGUCUCUCUUUUGAGUCCCAACGAGAGUGAAGUUGAAGACUUGCCAGAGCCGGUGAUCCAGCUGCCACCAGACACUUCCGCUUGGUCAACCACGAGGACCGUAUCACAAGAGGCGAAGACUGAGGCAGAGGUCAAGGUCAGCCCUGCCACUCCAACUCCUAUCAACAUUAUGUGUUUACGCAACAAGUUCCCAACAAAAACAGUAAGCUUCCAGCAAGGGACGCCUCCUAACCGCAGCUAUACAGCCAGCUACCCGUCUAGACGAGGUGUCGGGACGUCGCUGAUACUGCCGCCCCCGGACACUACUCCGCCGCCUCCAGUUGCAGCGCCGCCCCCAGCAGCACCACCGCCUCUCGCCCGCCGCCGCCUCACCAAGGCUAGGAGCACUGGCAACAUAGGUCAGGAGAACAGCAUCGACGCCGAGUCCAUACCCGAGAUAGAAGAAUCGUCUGUAGCGGAGGCUGAGCCACCCUCGUUACUACCAGCUGUCUCCCCCCCGUCGCAGCAGCCUGCACCUCCUGAGUCUCGACCCAUCACGGCCCCGACACCCCUAGACCCAGCGGAGGACCCGGACUGCGAACCAUCUUUCAAGACCGCCAAGGAGAAAGAGUGCUGGCAGAUGUUCCGCAAGAUGGCGGACAAAGGAGUAUCAAUAUCGUACGACACGGUGCUCAGAGGUAUGCUGACGCCCACAGAGUAUCGACUACACAAGAAAUCAAUGUCUUCCACGUGCUGAAAUGAGUAGAAGUCUGUGUCUGGAGCUGACAAUGGAGGAGGGGGUGUAACAACACGUUAACACCCGGUAACAAUCAACAACACGAUAGUCAUACCUAUAACUUACUAUGCAUACCAUGAAAAAUGCAGCAGUUAAACUAACACGAUGUGUAAACCAAGAACAUAUUACCAACACGAUAUGCAUACCAACAACACGACAAACAUACAGACCACACAGCAUACUGAAAAAACGUGUAAUUAAUAUCAAUAAUAAAGGUUUAAUAUCACGAUGUAUACGAACAACACUACAUGUCAAAGUACAACAGGAAAUGCAUCCCAACAACACGACAUGCAUAUCAACAUGCAACAUCAAAACAUUCUUAUAUGGUCAAAAUGAUUCA